AUGGCGAUAGAUGCAUAUAUCAUCUACGUGAUAUGCAGUUUAUGUGCUGAAGAUAUUGAAAUCAUUGGACUUCUCCAAAAGACUACUGGAUUUACUACCUUACAUGAGAUGAGAAUGAAGACCCUUAAAGUCCCCAAAUUGAGCUCCGGCGACGAUCGGAAGGCCGCAGCCGUCGCCGGAGCGACGGCGAACAAGAAGGUGAUCCUGAAGAGCGCCGACAUGAAGGAGGAGAUGCAGAAGGAGGCGAUCGACUGUGCCCUAGCUGCGUUUGAGAAUAACGGAGUGGAGAAGGAGAUAGCGGAGUACAUCAAGAAGGAGUUCGAUAAGAAGCACGGGCCCACCUGGCACUGCAUUGUCGGCCGAAACUUUGGUUCAUAUGUGACGCAUGAGACGAACCACUUCAUCUACUUCUAUUUGGACACAAAAGCAAUCUUGUUAUUCAAAUCUGGUUGAAAACUGAUGCCGGAAGCAGCAGAAUUUGCUAGGUCUGGCAACUUAAAAAGUGUUCCGCUCAAAGCUUUGGCUCGAUUAAUUGCAUAUCCCUUGUAUAUUCAGCGUCAAUCUUUGUUCAUCGUUCGCAGGAACCUGUAAUUGGACUGUAGUGGCCGUGUCUAUUUUAAGUUAAGGGGGAAGAUAUUUUUGAUGAAUUUGAGGCCAAAUCGAACUGUGCAUUCAGUGUAAGGACAACAUUUCCGUAAUGUUAUGUUCCGUAUUAUUUUCUACCGUACUCAGUGUAUCAUAUAUGAAUUGAGUACGCCAAAUUGAAGUUUUCGAAUAUAACUUUUGGUCA